UUCUCACCGACUCUCCCCCUCCGGGUGGAAUAGAACUCACAACAACUUUACGGAACAUCCUAAGCAGCAAAAGACCUUACCGGACAGGUGGGAGAUGAAACGCGCCUUUGCUCCAAGAUGGCAGAGCCAGAGCCAGAGCCGCAGCCAGAGCCGGUGCCGGUGCCGGGGUCGGGGUCGGUGGAAAAACAGGAACAGCCUGAAAAAGUUCUGAUUACUGAAGUGCAAAAAGAACCUACAUUGCCAGUGCCUAUAACUGAAACAUCUAGGACUAGUAGCCAACUACUUGAAGUAGUGUUAUCUAUAGAUCAAGUACCAGAAGCUUCUGAGCCAACCCCAAAAGCUUCAGCGCCACAAAUUGAGACUCAGUCUCCCUCUUCAUCUUUCCAAACUCUUCAACCUUUGCCAUCUCAGAAAAAAAUUGAUUUUCCAAGGGCUUUGAUCAGAUCAGUGGAAAGCAUUGUGCGGGCUCAAGAAUCAGCACCUCAAGAAGUGGUACAACAGACUGCUCCACCAGCUCAAGUUCCUGAGGAACCUGUUGAGAAUGAGCCAAUGCCAACAGUUUAUUUAGAUCCUUUUGAGAUUUCUCUUGAAUACGUAGAGAGGCAUAACAUCCUACAGAUAUUUCAGGUGACUUCCUCUCUUCUUGCCCUUUCCGACUCUUUAACUUGA